AUGUCGUUCGGUUUGGAGAAUGCAGGUUCAACCUAUCAGAGGCUAGUUAACAAAAUGUUCAAAAACCAACUGGGGGACACCAUGGAAGUCUACAUCGAUGAAAUGUUGGUGAAGUCCAAGAAAGUAGCUGAUCAUGUGAACCAUUUGGAAGAAACUUUCAGCAUCCUCCUCAAGUAUAAAAUGAAGCUGAACCCGUCCAAAUGUUCAUUUGGAGUAGCUGCAGGUAAGUUUAUGGGCUACAUAGUCACUCAACGAGGAAUCGAAGCUAGCCCAGACCAUGUACGCGCUGUAAUUGAUAUUCAAUCACCUAGAAACCUGAAAGAGGUGCAAAAAUUAACAGGUAGAGUAGCUGCAUUAAAUAGGUACUCCUCACUCGAAAAACUGGCAUUAGCACUGAUUGUAGCUAGCAGGAAACUUCGCCACUAUUUUGAAACUCACCCAAUAGUGGUGAAAACUAACUACCUUGUGAAGGCUGUUUUGCGCAGACCGGAGUUAACAGGUCGAAUGAGCAAAUGGGCAAUCGAGCUCAGCGGAUUUGGUAUCACAUACGAACCAAGAACAGCUAUCAAAUCACAAGCGCUAGCCGACUUUUUGGCUGACUUCAGCCCUGACCUUGAACAACAAGCAGCUUUAGAAUCCGAACAGAUCAACCAAGUCCAUAACCCAAGUACUUGGAUACUUAAUGUUGAUGGUUCAUCUAACUUUCGAGGUGCAGGUCUCGGUGUAGUGCUGGAGUCGCCACAGGAGGACAUGAUGGUACAAGCUAUUUAUUGUGAUUUCAAAGCUACUAACAAUGAGGCAGAAUAUGAAGCUCUGAUCGCAGGUAUGAAUCUCGUAAAGGGCCUAGGUAUUACUAACCUGCAGGUAUUAUGUGACUCCCUCUUUGUAGCAAGUCAAAUGAACGGUGAAUUCACGGCUAAAGACUCCAAGAUGGUUCUAUACCUAGACUUCGCCAAAUCCUUAGCAACCAAAUUCUCAACCUUCACCAUAAAGGAAAUACCUAGGGACAAAAACACACAAGCAGACGCUCUAGCCAAUCUAGGAUCAACCUUAAGAAAAUCCAAAUUCUCCUCCAUCCCCUUGAUCCACUUGUUAGCUCAUGUCGUUGACACAGCCAACCUCCCACCUAAACCUAGCAUUCCAGAACCUGUAAAACCAGAUCCAGACAAUCCAGAAAUACCUACCCCCACUCCGAGCCAACCUGUUAAGAUCGAACCUGAAGAACCCAACUUCGUUGCACCUGUGACCAACCCAACCAGCUGGAUGCAACCCAUAUUUGAUUACCUGGAACACGGCACAUUGCCAGAAAAUAAAGCAGAAGCAAGAGCACUCAGGUUUAAAGCCAGCAGAUACACGAUCAUCCAAGGUGCCCUAUUCAAAAAUUCCACUAGGGGUAUCUUGCAACGCUGCAUAAAGGAAGAUGGCUACGAGCAGAUCCUCAAAGAUUUCCACGAUGGAGAGUGUGGAGCCCAUUCAGCUGGAAGAACCUUAGCCAACAGGAUACUCACCUAUGGGUACUACUGGCCAACUCUACGAGUGGACGCUCACAGGUAUGUACGAAAAUGUGAUAGCUGUCAAAAACACUCAGGUUUUACUCAUAAGCCCUCCAUGCCUCUGCAUCCCACUUUGACACCUUGGCCUUUCAUGAUAUGGGGCAUGGACAUAGUAGGCAAAUUACCUGCUGCCCCAGGUCAAAAGGUCUACAUGUUAACUCUAACCGAUUACUUUUCUAAGUGGAUUGAAGCAUAUGCAUUCUAG